AUGGAUAACAUCAAAACCGUCGUUAAUGACACAAAACCCAGAUAUGUCGACUCUGCAGAAGUUCCGACAAGUCACCCAUCGCAUGGCGUUUCCAUGAGCGAGCAAGCCAUUGCCGCGAUCAUGAGCAAUGGGUGGGCUGGCACAAAGGUGGAAUCCGUAACACCGCUAGGAGCAGGGAAAUCAUUCAACAAUAAAAUUUACUUCCUCAAGAUGCAGCAUGCAGACAAAACGGCUGCCCUUGGAGAAGCAGACGCCGUCCUCAAAAUUAAUGGCACCUUAUACGACGGCGACAAAGUGCAAAACGAAGUCGCUUGUUUGCGGCUACUGGAAUUGUACUGUCCAAAUCUCGCCUUUCCGCGAGUCCUUGCGUGGUCUGAAGCUGGAGCGGAAGCAACCUUUGUUUCUACCGAUCAUGCGGAGACGAAGUCUCUCGAGGCACUUGUUUCUCCGGACGCAGAAAGCAAAAACGAUAUUGGAUGGAUUCUUACGACUAAAGUAUCGGGAAAGGUCGUUGAUCUAGAGGAGCUAGAUGCUGCAGCAAUUACGGAUCUCGCACUGCAGCUAGCUGAUAUUGUAGCAAGCUGGCGCCUCAACAUCCCGGCCCAAAAGCACUGUGGAAGCCUCAAGAUCCGUGAAGAGGCAAAACAGUCGACAAAUGGCGCCGAAGAGGGAGUAACCCUUGAUCGGCCAUUUGGUCCGGGCAUCUCUAAGAUGGCUGUUCGAGGCAAUGUCGUGGAAGAGAUCAAGCUGUCAUCUCCAAUUGCGACUAUGCAAGAAUAUUACAAGCUCAAGCUGGAUAACAAGUUGAGACAGCUGGAAUCAUUGGACGCAUUUGCACCCAACCGACACCUCUUAGGCCCUCUCAAGUUGCUCUGUGAGGAAAGAUUGCCAAAGCUCAACUUUGAUGGAAUGUUCAAACAAAGCGCCAUACCGACAGACACAUUUCAAUUUACCCACUAUGACCUAUUCCCUCGAAAUAUCUUAGUCACGGGCAGCCCACCACGCAUCACAGGCAUCGUGGACUGGGAGUUCUCUGGCUUCUUUCCACCUCUUGACGAGUUUUUGGAUGACUGGCUGGACGGAGGUGAUUGGCCCAAGGAGUUUUACAUCGCGUACCUGAAGCGCCUGGAGGAAAACGGCGUGGCUACACCAGCCAAGAGCGUCAGAGGAGAUGCGUGGCAAAUGGCAUGGUGGCUGGAAAAGAUAAUAGAGAACGCUGCGCCCUGGUGGGUACUAGGAGAGAAUGAUGAGAACCAGGCAAAGAAGAUUUUGGAGAAGGCUGAGUUUGUGAUUCAGAAAAUGUUGGAAAAUUUUGACAGCAUUUAG